AUGGACCAAACACACUCCCGGGCCCUGGAGGCUCUACAGCCCUUCAUUGCCCUCGCCACAUCCAACAGCGCAACUUCCCCGCGCUUCGUCGCCAAUAUCGUCACAAAUGCGACCAGCAGCCCCCAAACAUACGUCUUCGCCGAGUUGCUCGAGACGCCGACCAUCCAAGCCCUAGCGGCCCCCGAUACCCCCGCAGAGUACCAAGCCUACCUGAAGCUGCUGGAGAUCUUUGCUUGGGGUACAUGGCAGGAUUAUCAAGAAUCCCGCGGGACGUUCGAAACAGCCACCCCUAACCUGCCCAAACUGAGCAGCGAGCAAUCCCAAAAACUCCGUCUUCUCUCCCUCCUCUCCCUCGCCUCAACCACAAAACCCCUCACAUAUCAAAGCCUUAUGGACGCCCUCUCUCUCUCCACUACCGCCGAGCUCGAAUCCCUCGUGACGGCCGCCAUCUAUGCCAAUCUUAUCUCCGCGCGCUUGUCCCCCGCCUCCAUCCCACCAACCGUAGACGUCAGUUCCGUCGCCCCUCUCCGCGAUGUGCAACCGCAGUCCCUUCCGAAGAUGAUCGCCCUCCUCACAGAGUGGGAGGCCCGGUGUGGCGCCGUCAUCGCGGACCUCGAGGCCGAAGUCGUGCUCGUCAAGACCAACGCUGCGAAGCGGCACGCGAAAGAACAGGAGCAUGAGCGGCUUUUGGAGGAAGCCACAAAGCGCCGCCAGAGUGCAGUGGGGCUUGAUAGUACCGCGGGCGCCGGCAAUGGACGAGCCGGUAAGGCUGCCGGUGUCGGGCGGCGACUGGGAGGACGGCUGGGGCUAGGGAUGGGUGGUAACAAGCGCGAGGCGGACGACAUUGACGUCGAUGACGGGUUCGCGUCCGGGGACAACGGGGAGUCUGGCUCGCGCAUGGACAUCGAUGAAGGCGCGGGGUCAUCGCGGGGGAGCAGUAGCAGACAUUCAAAGCGGAUACUGGGGCGCAAGACUUGA